CCCCACCCAGCCUAGUCCUUCUCUGUAUAUUCUUUUGUCGGCAAAGCUAGCAUCGCUCCCUCUCUAUAAUCGCCGGUGGCGAUCAUCUCCUUAUCACCAAAGUUCAACUGCUGGUGUUCUCUAUGGACCAAUAGCUACACACAUUAUGAUGUCGAACACCACCGUCUUCGCCUCUACCUCAUCUCAGACAGCUGAAACUGGCGAGGGAAACUGUAUUAUGCGUGCUUUGUUACGUGGAAGUUAUGACUGGAAACUGCCACGUUUUCUUAUCUGAGAAUCCCAAGAUCUGCUGCAUGCGUGUUUUGUAUUUUUUCUGAGAGACCACAUGGAGUUUGGCUCAACUUUGUAAUUUUUUAGCCUAUUUAUUUAUCAAAGUAUGACGCAAGGCUCCAAAAUUUUCCUGGGCGGGAACAGUUAGGGGACAGACGGUCCCCUUUUAUAUAUUUAAAGAUUCUCGUGACGUGUUCGAAUAUCAUUGGAUUUAUUGCGUCGAAAAAUAAUGAACAAGUGAAUCCAGUGUCAACUUCCUAACCCAAACAAACACUUCUGCAGCUGCCAUGACAGUUAGGAGACGAGCUUCAAAAGAACAGUCCAGUGAAGGUGCUGUCCUGGACUCCGGCGAUCCCAAAAGGAGCCCUAAGUUUGACGAUGAAUCGAAUAUUACUCCUUCAAAAGCUCCAUUAAUGCUCAAAUGCGCCGCAAUUUUUUCGAUCCCAUACUUUUACUUGAUCUUCUACCACUAUCGAAUAGAACCAGAGCUCCGUAGAUCCAUCGUAAUUAAUGCUAUAAUUAGCUUGGUCGGAUACUUCUUAACCCUGGCUAUCAUCCCAGUAGCCUCGAAAUAUGUCAUCAGAAGGAACUUAUUCGGAUAUGAUAUCAACAAGAAGGGCACCCCUCGAGGAACCAUUAAAGUGCCAGAGUCGCUGGGGAUUGUUGUUGGGAUUGUUUUCUUGAUCGUGGCUAUCUUGUUUCAGUAUUUUAAUUUCACAGCGGAUUCAAUUUGGCUUGUUGAGUACAAUGCUGCAUUAGCUUCAAUCUGCUUCAUGAUGUUGCUUGGAUUUGUUGAUGAUGUUCUUGAUGUGCCAUGGAGAGUGAAAUUACUUUUACCAUCUAUCGCGGCACUUCCGUUGUUGAUGGCAUAUGCUGGGCAUACAACUAUUAUUAUACCAAAGCCUUUAGUUUCAUACGUCGGAAUAGAAGUUUUGGAUUUAGGAUGGAUUUAUAAACUUUAUAUGUGGCUCUUGGCUAUAUUUUGCACAAAUUCAAUCAAUAUCCAUGCUGGUAUCAAUGGGCUUGAAGUGGGGCAGACAGUUGUUAUUGCAGCAGCUAUUAUCAUGCAUAAUAUCAUGCAAAUCGGAGCAUCCAGUGACCCUGAGUACAAACAAGCCCAUGCGUUUUCUCUUUACCUUGUUCAGCCAUUGAUUGCCACUUCCUUGGCGUUACUUUCUUACAAUUGGUAUCCUUCCUCGGUCUUUGUUGGUGACACCUUCACCUACUUUGCUGGAAUGACCAUGGCAGUAGUUGGCAUUUUGGGCCACUUUAGCGAAACGCUUCUGAUAUUCUUCACCCCACAAGUUUUGAACUUCCUGCUGUCACUACCUCAGCUAGCUGGUAUUAUCCCUUGUCCACGGCAUCGACUGCCUAAGUUUGAUCCUCAGACUGAGCUACUGACUGGUACAAAUGAUGGAACAUUAGUGAACUUCUUCUUAAGACGAUUUGGAAGAAUGUCCGAACAGUCUCUAUGCACUGUAUUACUACUUUUCCAGGGCAUCUGCUGCUGCUUCUGUUUCCUGCUAAGGUGGCUUCUUACUGGUUGGUAUAAAUAAUGAUCGGUUGCCAUAACACAAAGAAUAUAUAUUUCCUCUGGUGAGCACAUAAAUGAAUGAGAUGAGAUCCCCAUUGUAGUCUUGUUGAAACUUUUUAUUAUCAUGAUUUGACCAACCCACCCCCAGAAUUGCACCAAGAAAACUUUUUU